AUCUCAACGUACACACUGAACGUUCAAUUAGGAAACCAAGCAACAAAAAGAAAAAAGUUCUUUGUUAAUUGAAAAAUUAUUGAGUAUUUUAAACUAUUUUCUCUGGCACGCAGGCAAGGCAACUUUAAACAAUGGUCAACGAAAUAAAUAAGCCAAUGGACAAUUCAGCGCUGCGAGGUAAUCUGGAAGCGUCGAAUCAGCAGCUACAGGAAAUGCAAACACAACGGCGCCAGUUGGUAGAGGAGGUAGAAACAUUGAGGUCGGAAUUUACACGGCUUAGCACACAGCGUCAGCAGUUGAUGAUGUCCAGUCAUGAAGAGCACUCAGUGGAGAGCAUAAGCUCUUCGUCCAGCUCAGCUCAACAAAUAGCUGAGGCUGUCUCUGAGCCUGACACUCCAACUACUACGCCAACGGCUUUCAGCGAAACGGCAAGCACCGCUGAUGAUGAGGAAAGCAAAAAAGAAAUGGCGAAUUAUCUGCAGGAGAAAUUAAAGGAAAUUGAAGGCUUGAAAUCGCAAUUUAAACGUGUACAGCAGAUGCAAGAUACCACAAAAAUGAUUGAAGAACAUAUGUCCAGCAAGGAAAUGCAAUCGUCAUCGACGGUCCGACAAAGUAGACAAACAAUGAGCUCCCAAACAGUGAAAGCCAGUAGUAGCACCAGAGUAGAAUCAUCCGCAUCCACCGCUGCGGAAGCCAUAACAGGACCUGGUACGGACAAUACUGAGCUGCUGAAUGCUAUGUUGGGUAUUGUGACAGAUUUCACGAGUGAUUUGCGAGGACAGGCAGAAAGUUUGCGAGAGGAACGUGAACGUAUCAAAGCGUUGAAGGACAAAAUUAUUCAGAGCAAACAGUCAAAAUAGCUUUCAACAGUUAAAAUAUUUAUCAUUGUAGUUCCUUUAUAUAUUAUUCUUAUGUAAAGUAUUGAUCAAAUUCAUGUAACUUAAAUUUGGAUACCACAAUUAUUUGAAAUUGGUCGUUAAUUUCUGAUUAGAAAUUGUUAAGGCGCUAUCCUAUCAAAUAAAUGCGUUAGUUAGCUGAA